AUGUGGUGUCUGGAUCAUAACCAGGUCAAGACAGCCCACCUUGUGCCGAAGAGCCUGGCAAGCGAUGAAGUGCCAUACCUCUUCGGCGUUGGAGAGGUGGCGCUAACAGAUCUCCGAAAGUGCAAGGAAAUCGCUCAACAAAUGGGAAAUAAUAUAGUGCGACUGCAGGACAUCGACAACCGGGAGCUCAUCUUCCGCACCGACAAUCGUCCCGCCCGCCGUUUUCUCUAUUUCAGAAUGAGACUCGACGACAAGGUCAAUAAGAAUGACUUCUGGCUGACUAUCGGUCGUUAUCUUCACAGGUCAACCUUGGUGUCUCUGGCGCGCUGCAUUUCGGGUUGCAAUGACGCUGGGAUGGUCCUGAGUGUGGAUUCUCGUGAUGCCAUCACCGUGAGCAUAAGGGAGCGCGAGAACACCGAGACUUCUGGCGAUGAUGAGAUGAACAAUAUGGAAGAGUGA